GGCCGUGGCCGGGGGGCUUGGGUCUCCCCUCCCCCUGCCCCAGCGGGCCAGAGGGAGGGUCACCGGGAGGUCAGCAGAGGUUAGUAAUUGCAAUGACUGCUGACAUUUAUUGAGUGCUUAGUGUCUACCUCUCCCCUCCCGGAACCCACACAAUCACCCAACAGUGUGGGUACUCCUAUCAUCUCCAUGUUUCCGGAUGGGGAAACCGAGGCUCAGCGUCACACAGCCCAUGAGGAGCAAAGCCCAGAUUCGCACCUAGACCUUGGGGAUGGGUCCUGUUGCCCCUAGAGAGGGGUCUUGGAUCUUCCCCAGGUCUGGCUUAGGUAGAUGGCGCACUGGAGUCCCCACAUGGGACUUUCCAGGAGAUGCGGGCAAGUUACACCCCUACUCCUGGCCUCAGUUUCUCCUCUUGUAAGAUAGGUGCGUAGGCGCUGGAUGCCCAGAGCUGAUCCCGGGAAGGUGCUCAGCCAAGUCUGAGAGCCAGUCAUGGCUCUGGGAUGUGGGCUGUGGCCAUUCCUGUCCCCAUGGACGGGUGGGGAAACUGAGGGCUGUCUGCCUACCCACCCCUCCACCCCGGCAGCCACACCGCACCCCACCCCACCCCAGCCCCGAGCCAAAGGGAGAGCAGAGCCCCCUCCCCGAAGGCCACGUCCCCGGGGAGACAGUGAGCUCAUGCAAGGGGAAUGUUCCCAAGUCGAGUGAGUAAGAGGCAGGCCAGGCGAGGGGGGCAGCCUGCCAGGCGAGGGGGCUCGCGUGCCCUUGCCCUCGAGUGCUGUCUAGACAGAAGGCAGAGGCGGGAGAGGCAGCUCCAGGGCCCACUGACGCUGACAUGCCCAGCGCAUGGUGUUUGUGGUGUUUGACGGACUGGGCAGGAUGCCAGCUUCUGGCUGGGGGCUUGGAGGAACAGGGUUGGGGGGAGGUGGAGAAGCACUGGUGAGGGGUGAAUUCAGAGCAGAGGAGGGAUCCCCAAGGGAUCUGGAGCCAGGGAGGCCACACCAGUGUGGCUCUGUCCCUCCUUCCUGGGUGGGGGUCCGUCAUCCCGUCUGCAACUACUCAGCCCUGCAUGCCUCCCCGCUGGCUAGAGGCUGGGUAGGGAGUGGCACAGAGAGCACCAAUGGUCCCACCCCUCCGGAACCGUUCCCCUUGCCCGCAGGUGGUGUGUGCUGGCUCCAGCAGGGCCGAGAGGCUACCUGCAGCCUGGUGCUCAGGACUGACAUAAGCCAGGCUGAGUGCUGUGCCUCUGCCAGCAUCGACACCGCCUGGUCCAACUUCACCCACCCGGGGAACAAGAUCAGCCUCCUUGGCUUCCUGGGCCUCGUCCACUGCCUGCCCUGCAAAGAUUCGUGCGACGGCGUGGAGUGCGGCCCGGGCAAGGCAUGCCGCAUGCUGGGCGGCCGCCCGCGUUGCGAGUGCGCGCCCGACUGCACGGGGCUCCCAGCGCGCCUGCAGGUCUGCGGCUCGGAUGGCGCCACCUACCGCAACGAGUGCGAGCUGCGCGCUGCGCGCUGCCGCGGACACCCGGACCUGCGCGUCAUGUACCGGGGCCGCUGCCGCAAGUCCUGCGCCUACGUGGUGUGCCCGCGGCCGCAGUCGUGCGUGGUGGACCAGACGGGCAGCGCGCACUGCGUGGUGUGUCGCGCGGCGCCCUGCCCCGCGCCCUCUGGCCCCGGCCAGGAGCUCUGCGGGAACAACAACGUCACCUACGUCUCCUCGUGCCACCUGCGCCAGGCUACCUGCUUCCUGGGCCGCUCCAUCGGCGUGCGCCACCCGGGCAGCUGCACAGGCACACCCCCGGAGCCGCCGGGUGCCGAGUCGGAGGAGGAGGAGGAAGAGGAGGAGGAGGAGAACUUCGUGUGAGCCUGCAGGGCGCACCUGGGCCUGGCGUCCGAGGCCGCCCCCGCUUUAUUUAUUGCCACAGCAGAGUCUAAUUUAUGUCCCGCGGACACUCCCCGAAGCCUGGACGGGGACCACAUGGGGACCCUGCAAGGAUUGAGGGAAGGAGGCUGGGAGCUGGGCUGGUGGGCGGGCUGGGACUCAGAGCCCUGGCACUCGGGUCAGCUUCAGGGGUCUUCUCUGGGAAGUCCUCCCAGCCCCCACCCCAGGCACCCUACUGCCUGGGAAGACCCCCGUUAGUUAUUGCCACCACCAGGAGGGCUGGGGACUCUCUGCUGGUGAUUCACGAAGAGGCACAACUUGCUCUCCUAGCCUGGCCAUGAGGGACGUCGGGCUCAGGCCGGAAGGAAAGGGGGAGGUCGGGCCUCGGAACACGGUGACCUUGGCCCAGUGGGACGUGCACUUCACAAAGUCCAAGAAAGCAGCCACUGUUCCCUACUGCCCAAGAACUCCAGGUUCUUGUCCUCCCAUCACCUCCAUUUACCCCUUCACGUCCUAUGAGGGCCACUGAGAAACACCCAAUGUGUCCCUUGGGAGAGGAGCCAUCUGUGCCACCCGACAUGGAAUGACCCAGCACCUCCUCAGCUGCCAUUCACGUGGGUUCACAUAGCAACAUGUUGUGGGGUGGCCAGCAGCAGCUCAGAGCAGGGCACUGUGUGCACUGGUGCCCGGUCCACUUAGGGUGGGACCUGGCCAGGAGCUGGAGCCUCUGCUCACCCACUGGCCCACGGUGGGAUGUCGAUGCUAACACCAAGACACACUGCAUGCCUGACACCCUGGAGUCAGGUGUCCCUGCACACUCUUGCUGCCUGCCUUCUGAAGUAGGGGUUCAGAAACAGGACCCCUUGGUCCCGCACGGCCUGCCCUGGCCAGGCCUCUACACACAGUUCCCAGCUAGACCCUCCUGACCCACCAGCCUGGCAGGGGGUGGUGCUAGUCUUGGGUCAAUUUCCGCCAAAAUUGCUCACCUUCCACGCAGUCUGGGCUGACACUCAAAAUCACCUACCUGUGCCUGAAUGUAGACUAAAGGCUCAGACCAGAUAUGGGGGUGAGGAGCAACGGGGAAGACAUCAAGCUCCCCGAGUUUGGAGUGAGGAGUCUGGGGGAGUUCUGCUCAUCCUUCUCCAGCCCUCAAGUAGUGCCUUACCUGUGAUGCCCAGAAAAGUGUCCUUGAGCAGGGGGGUCUGUCUAGGCCCCCAGACAAGGCAGCCUUCCUCCCACCCUGGGGUCCUGGCUCACCAAAGAAAUAAAGACUGAAAAACCCA